AUGGCCGUACCGCCCAAAUUCGCAGCUCACAAGCUGACCUUCGGAGCGGAACCCAAGCCCUCGGCCGACGGCGUCCCCGCGCAGCCGCACACCAUCGAGCUCUACCUCGACUACGUCUGCCCCUACUCCGCGAAGCAAUUCAACACAUUUUACAACGCCGUCGUGCCCGCCAUCCGCGCGAACCCGGCCUGGGCCGCCAACCUCGAGGUCAUCUUCCGUCAGCAGGUCCAGCCCUGGCACCCCUCGAGCACCCUGGUUCACGAGUCCGCCGUGGCCGUCGUCAAGACCGCGCCCGCCAAGUUCUGGGCGUACAGCGACGCCCUCUUCAAGGCGCAAAAGGACUACUUUGACGCCAACGUCGUCAACGAGCCGCGCAACGAGACGUACAGGCGCCUCGCCAAGCUCGCGGGCUCCGUGGGCGUCGACGAGAAGGCGGUGCUGGACCUGCUCGUCGUCUCGGACAAGCCCGACGCCGAGGGCGCGCUCAACGUCGGCAACGGCGUGACCAACGACUUCAAGGUGCUCAUCAAGCUCGCGCGGUUGACGGGCGUGCACGUCAGCCCCACGGUGCUGUUUGACGGGUACCCGAACAACGAGAUCAGCUCCGGCUGGACGCUUGACCAGUGGAAGGAGUGGCUUCAGAAGAACAUUGCCUGA